UAUCUAUAUCUAUAUCUAUAUCUAUAUGUAUCUCGUGUUGUAUCCCGCAAAGUUGCACCACGCACUGGAAGACCAAUUGUUGAAAAUGUUGAUAAAAUAAUGGAAAUUGUUUAGUCUGACCGUAUAACUCAUGUAAACAUUGUUUUGAUUGCACAAAAGCUAAGAAUUGCGUAAAAAUCCGUUUCGAAGGGAGACUUUUAAAAAUCGACUUCUCAAUUUUUUGCGCAUAGGGACGAGGACUUCUAUUAGAGUGGCAUAAUGAAAUUACCUUCAAAAUAGCAACAAAUCAUCAAACAAAAUGGCGCAUCUAACAAUAUGACUUAAAUCGGAUCAUUCUAUGUUUGUAGUGCUAAUGGAAGUGGUUGCGGAAUUACUUUACCAACUGAUAUGCCCACAUCCGAGCCUGUGUUGCUUAGCUCACUGGAUGGUUUGAGUCCUUAUGUGCUCUUUAAACCAACUGGUCAGGUAACUACAAUUCCUAAUGGUGGAAAAUUACUGCUAGUAUGCCCAGGUUCAGGAAAUGCGAUAAAUUUGCUCAAACAACAAUCGCUGGAACUCUACUGUCAUACAGAUGAUACAUUCAAAAGUGUUGUAGGUAACGUGGCAUAUACUCUUAAUCAAUUAGGCUGCAAGUCUAUACCGACUUCAGUGCUACGUUUAACAUCAGAAACCUGUUCAAAUGGUCAAGGUUAUAUAUUUAAAGCUGGAUUUGAAUAUAACACAAAUCAAUUUGCAAGUGUUUUCAGCAUUUGUUAUAAUAAUGUAACUGAAAACACAUUUUACACUCAUAAUACAGUAAAUGGUGCAGCAAUAAAUUUUAACAUACAAGAGAGCACAAGACGUGCAUUUCGAGCGGAAGGAAUGCAGUUCACAACUACAGCAACGAACAAUUUCUAUACAAUCAACAACCAAAUCUCACGUUUCAAAUCCUAUUUCGGUUCAAGUCAACCAUAUAUAACGACUACAAGCUAUUUGGCACGUGGUCAUCUAACACCAGAUACAGAUUUCAUUUUUGGUUAUGAGCAGUUGGCGACGUAUUUCUACACCAAUGCAGCGCCAGAAUUUCAAAUUGUAAAUGCCGGUAAUUGGAUACGAGUUGAAAAUUUAGUACGUAGUCUGGCAGUCACUUACAAUGAUGAUCUGCAGAUCUACAACGGUUAUAUGGGUAUUCUCCAAUUACCAACAACAAGUAAUACGUUGGUAUCAAUUUAUUUGGAUGCAACAAAUAAAAUUGAAGCUCCCAAAUAUUAUUUUAAGGUUGUGAAGCGUGAAGCAACUAACUCAGCUAUCGUAUUUAUUACGCUGAAUAACCCAUUUGCUACUACUGGAGAUAUUGAUGAAUUUUGUACUAAUGUCUGUCAAAGAGCUGGUACCAACGUUGCAGAGUUUACAGAUUUGACACGUGGUUAUACGUUCUGUUGUGAAUUGGAAGACUUCAAAACUCACUAUGCUGACCUUCCUUCUACACUAACUGCCAUAAACUUAUUGAAUGAAGUUAUAAGUAGCUGCACUAUAACAAUACCUACAGAUAUACCGAAUCCGGAACCAGUUUAUGUUAUAAGUACUAUCGCAAAACCGACACCAGAACUUCUAUGGCCCACAGGACAAGUGACUACUUUAUCAAUUGGCAGUAACUUAACGGUGUUCUGUGCUGGAAGUGGCAAUCAAUUGGUUGAUUUGGCACAACAAAAAUUAACGCUAACAUGUCAGAGUGGCAAUGUCUUUUAUAGUACUGAAAAAUCACAAAGUUAUACACUAUCGCAAUUGCGCUGUACUAGUAUACCCACAUCUGAUCUACUACUUACAACAACACCAUGUUCAAAUAAUCAAGGUGUAGUGUAUAAAGCAGGCUUCACAUUAGAUUCCAAAAAUUUCUUACACUUGUUUACCAUAUGCUAUGACAGCAAUACGGAGCAAACACUGUACUCACGUAGUAUUAUCAAUGGCGCUACACAAAAUUAUAAAAUAAACAAGAACAUCCGUCGGGCCUUCCGCGCUAAUGGUAUGCGUUUUACUACCACAGCCACUAACAAGUUUUACACAAACAAUAAUCAAAUAUCGCGGUUCAAAAACUAUUUUGGUGUGAAGCAAGCUUAUAUAACAUCCUCAAGUUUUCUGGCUCGUGGUCAUUUAGCCCCUGAUGCAGAUUUCGUUUUUGGUUAUGAACAAUUGGCAACCUAUUUCUAUACAAAUUGCGCACCAGAAUUUCAGGUUAUAAACGCUGGUAAUUGGAUACGUGUUGAGAAUCAAGCUAGAAGUCUUGCUACACAAUUUGGGUCUGAUCUAUUGACAUUUACAAGUACUUUGGGUAUACUACAACUACCCACAACUGCAAAUGUGUUAACUUCGAUAUAUUUGGAUGAUGGCAGUUACAUUGAAGCACCAAAGUGGUACUAUAAAAUACUAAUGCAUCCGGACUUGGAUACAAGCCUUGUAAUGAUUACCUUAAAUAAUCCAUUUGCUGCUGUCACAGAUGUUGUCGAAUUCUGUACGAAUGUGUGUGAUUUGUAUGGCAUUAAUUCAUCGUUUUACACAGAUAUCACACGUGGAUACACUUUUUGCUGUACAUUGAGUGAUUUCCAGAACUCUGUUUCUGGUUUGCCAACUUUUGACAUACCACCUGGUUGGGGUUUUUAAAAAUUCAAAAUUCAGUGUUCACUGUAUCUAUCUAUAUAUAUCUAUCUACCUAUAACUAUCUAUC